UACGGAAGCAAUACGUGGCGGCCAUUUUAUAGACAGCGGGAGAAUGCUGCUAAUACCGUUUGUCUUAUAUUCUGGUUCAUAAAUUUUCUAAAACACAUCGUCGUUCAGGUGAGUGAGUCUAACAUCUCAUCGGAAUGACACAAUAUUUGCCGCCGAAUUUACUGGCGCUCUUCGCUCCGCGUGACCCGGUUCCGUUUCUACCACCGGUUAGCAAACUUCCCCACGAGAAGAAGAACAGCGGCUAUGUGGGCGUCGGAGAUUUCCUCAAAUAUUUCGAGGACCCCAAAGAAACACCGCCACCUGUACGUGUGGAAACCAGAGAAGAACGUCUCGAACGUCGAAGGAGAGAACGUGCGGAGCAAGUAGCAUAUAAACUUGAGCAAGAGAUUGCGGUAUGGGACCCAGCUGGUAUUUCCAAUGUUACAGCAGAUCCCUUUAAGACUCUCUUUGUAGCUCGAAUUAAUUAUGACACAUCGGAAUCCAAACUUAGAAGAGAAUUUGAAGUUUAUGGUCCGGUGAAAAAAAUUGUAGUAAUACAUAAUACAAUUAAUGGCAAACCCAGAGGAUAUGCCUUCAUUGAAUAUGAACAUGAAAGAGAUAUGCACUCGGCAUAUAAGCAUGCGGAUGGUAAGAAAAUAGAUGGUCGCAGAGUGUUGGUCGAUGUUGAACGAGCAAGAACGGUAAAAGGUUGGCUGCCCCGAAGACUCGGCGGCGGUCUAGGUGGCACUCGUAGGGGCGGCCCCGAUGUAAACAUCAAGCAUUCGGGACGGGAGGAUAACGAAAGGGAGCGUGAACGAUAUCGUUUGGAACGCGAGCGGGAAACCUCGGGACGUGGUCUCGACAGGGACAGAGAUCGCGAUCGGCUGGAUAGAGAGCGGCGAAGAUCGCGCGAUCGCAAACGAAGGAGCAGGAGUAGAUCUCGUGACCGGAAGCGCAGACGAAGUCGCGAUCGACUGCCGGAUCCUGAUAUCGAAGAAAUUGAACGACCCCGUGACAGAAGAGAUCGUGAUCGCGAUCGAGAUCGGGAUCGUAAAAGGCGACGAUCGCGGAGCAACGAUCGCGAGCGCGACAGAGAUCGUGGUAAGCGAGAUAAGCGCGACAGAGACCGUGAUCGCAGAGACCGAAAGGAGCGGAGCGAUCGUCAGGAUGAGGACACGAAGGAAAUUCGCAUUAAGGAAGAGCCCAUGGAUGAUUAUCCAGAUUACAGCAAUACUUUCACAACGUCGGGUUCGUAUUUCACCGCGGUCAAAUACGAGGAUGAUAAUGAUCAGGAAGUGGAGGAGAAGUACCGAAUUCCAGAGGGUCGACCCGACCCGCCUCCAUACAACAAUUACGAUUCCGUGCAAGAUUAUUGAUGUCGGCAGUAUAUAUGUUUUUGCUGUGUUGUUUUUUUUUUCCAUGAUAAAUCACAUCAUCCUCGCAUUAUCUUCGUGUCUGUACUAUUAGAAUAAUAGUAAAUUAUCUCUCAGGAGCGAGAACUAAUUUUGAACUCUCUCGAGUUAAUAAGUGUUUAAACAGUUAAAGAAGAAGAGGCUCAAAGCGAUGUUGGGAAAGUUCAAGUGAGAAAUCCACGGGAUAUAAAAAAUUAAGGUACAUACACAAUUAUUAAUAAUUGCUUCCGCGAAAAAAAGAAUUUCAAUGAAUACUAAUUAAAACGCGUAUGUUUCCAGAAAAAUUGCAUAUUAAUCCUAUUUAUAUUAAUCCGCGAAUUGUUUCUUUUUUCUUUUUCAUUUCUCUAAUCAUUGAGGAUUUUAGAUUUGUAGUAAAAAAAAAAAGAAAGAAAAUAUUUUAACGCUCCCUUUUUAAUUCAAAGAGCAAUUUGAUGAGAUUAUAGCAAAAUGAUGCAAUGUAAAGUAAAAAUGAAUUCGUAAAUCGACUCAGUACUAUAAAAAAAAAAAAACAUGCUACAAACUUAAGUACUGACUGUCUAUGUGUACAUAUAACUAGAUACGUAUAUAAAAAUCUGAUUUAUUUCAUGAUUCUUGCUAUCUCCCUGUACGUUUAUAUAUAUCUAAAUAAACUAGACAAUAUGAUUAUU